AUGGUUAAAUUUCAAAAUCCUACAAAUGGUGUUUAUAAUUAUAUCAAUUCAUCAACAUUAGGGAAUGUUUCUACAUUUAGAUUCAGUCCAUUACCUAAUGAUAUGUCUUGCCUACCCUCUGUAUCUGUAAGCAAUGCUGCUGUUAAUAUGAAUCAAGCCGCUAAUAUGGCUUCAUAUUUUUCGAAGUCUGUUGGUUAUCCACCAACACAAACUUUGGCUGGAUUUCCAGCAGCACCAACAAAUUUCCUUGGUGCUGCUUCUAUGGGAUAUAUGGGAAAUCCAUUGGCAGAUUGUCAAUCUGCUGGUUUCACCUGGAAUGGUGGUGCUCCUCCAAGUUAUUUAAAUUUCAGAAAACAAAGAAGAGAAAGAACAACUUUUACAAGAAGUCAACUAGAGGUUUUAGAAAGUUAUUUUACAAAAACAAGAUAUCCUGAUAUUUUUAUGAGAGAGGAAAUGGCUGCAAAAAUUGGUCUUCCAGAAAGUAGAGUUCAGGUUUGGUUUAAAAAUCGUCGUGCUAAAGCAAGGCAACAAAAAAAGUCAACAAAUGGUUCAGGAAACGGGGCAUCUAAUAGUAUAAAUGGAAAUGUUGGAAAUAUUUCAACAACACCAUCUAGUUGUACAAAUAGUUCCUCUGAUACCUCAAAUAGUGGUAAUUCUGAUACAGUAGAUUUAAAAAUGGAACAUGAUGCUUCUAAUAAUCCAACACCAUCACUUAAUAAUGAUGUACAUGAUCCAAGAUCACCAGAUGAAGAUCAAAAAGUAACAAAUCCAUUACUUUCACCAAUUACUCAACAACAAAAUUAUCUUAAUACAAUUAAUAGUACAAUGGCAAGUAAUUAUGGACAAAAUUUUAGACAAAAUGGUUAUGGUGGUCCAUAUACUACCUAUCCAACAACUGGAAUGCCAGGAAUGGAUUAUUUUGCUUAUGGUGCACCAGCCUGUGCCACAACAGGAACUAAUGGAAAUUAUAACGGUGACUGGAAAUUUUCUAUGAGUGGUUCAUAA